AUGCCAUCUGAUGUUAUGAAGAUGAAGUGUUCAGCGGGCACUCAUGUGAAUAACUGGAGUAUCACGUACAUUGGGUCUCCUUAUUAUGACAAUGUCCGCCCGCUCUCCUAUCCAGAUUCUGAUGCUGUCCUGAUUUGCUUUGACAUCAGUCGGCCAGAAACUCUUGACAGUGUGCUAAAAAAGUGGAAAGGUGAAAUCCAGGAGUUUUGUCCAAACACCAAAAUGCUUUUGGUUGGUUGCAAGUCGGAUCUGCGCACAGAUGUGAGCACACUAGUGGAACUUUCCAAUCACAGGCAGACACCCGUGUCCUACGAUCAGGGUGCAAAUAUGGCCAAACAGAUUGGAGCAGCUACAUAUAUUGAAUGCUCAGCCUUACAGUCAGAAAACAGUGUCAGAGACAUUUUUCAUGUUGCCACCUUGGCGUGUGUGAAUAAAACAAAUAAAAAUGUUAAACGAAACAAAUCGCAGAGGGCAACAAAGCGAAUUUCACACAUGCCUGGCAGGCCAGAACUUUCCACAGUGGCGACGGACUUGCGAAAGGACAAAGCAAAGAGUUGCACGGUGAUGUGAAGGACCUUGAUUUUCCUGGAGAAGGAGGAAGAGAGCAUCCGGGAGGGGUGGAGGCUCAAUGAAGUACACAGCCACAUGGUAUUUAAUGAGGGCUUAUGCCAGUGCUUUAAUGGAGAUUUCGCCUGUUGUGUGAGACUGUACUUAGGAACUGAGCAGCGAGAAGAAAUGGCUCUAAACGAGGUGGCAUCAGGAAAAUGAUACAUGGAAGAAAAUGCCAAAAAAAAAAAGGGAAAAUGUUUGAAUGUGCUGAAAAAAGAAGGGGUGAAUGGGAAAAUAACACUGCAAAGAAGAGAGGUGUCAUUGACAUUGCUUGUUUCUUUUAUUAACGCUCUACUCCUGGAUGCUACCACUUUGAUUUCAUUAAAAUAAUACUCUAAUGUUUUUUUUAAAGAAGACGUUAUUAAUAUGCCCUCCUCAUUAAGGAACUAUCCCUGUGACCUUAUAGUUGGUUUUCCAAAGGAUAUGAUCUCAUUUUUUUUAGUAGCUCAUCGUUAAAAUGGAGAGUAUACCGAGGCCUGUGAGUCACCUAGAGGAAAACACUGUAUGUGAGAAGUCUGGAGUUUUGCCUUCCCGAGACGGCAGCGCAAUCUACAUUUCAGCACGUUGGUAAUGAAGAAAACCGUUUGAGAUUUCCCAGUAUUAUAGGUGCCCUCGCACUGUGGAAAUAAAACGGAUCAAAUUGGGGUGUGGGGGCAAACUGCCUGCCCGUGGCAGGACUCUGACUUUCCAUUCCUCUUUGUGAUUGUAAUUUAGAGUGGAAAUGAUCUCCAGUUCUGGUGUACUGUAUGGGUAUGUCACUGUAGGUUCAAGUGAAAGGUGCUAAGAGCUAUGAGGACAAAUGAUCCUUAGUUUUACAACCAUGAUAAUUCGUUAAGCCUUACUGCCCAUCUGGGGAAGCCCCGAGACUCCUCUGCUUCUGCUAGGAGUUGGAGAGCCGGGUAGAUCCCAGGAUCUAGCCCUCUGUAAACGCUACAGAGAAGUGCUCUUCUGUGAUGUGGUUCACUGCAAUUAUCUUCGCAAAAAAAAACCCCAAGAAUCUGCAAAUGAGCCAGCAGAGCCAGGUUAUCUUUUGCGAUGCUCUUCUUUUUGGGGCAGCCGUCUCUCGCUGCAGACUGCGUUUGCUCGUGGUGAGGAAAUGGGGUCUGAAGAACUGUGACGCCUUAAGGGGUCCCCAGUGGAUACUGGAUACUGCCCUUAGUCUUGAAGAUUAAUAUAUACGUAUCCAG